AUGGCAGCACAGCAGCAACGCUGGGGCCAUUUCCCGGAUUCGCAGGGUUCGCAGGGGUUGAGGGACGAGUACGAUGACUACACGUACCCGACGCAUGAGCACCGCCGCUCGCUUGAUGCCCAGCCUCCACGCAGGUCCAAGUCGAAUCGUGCUUCAGUCCAGACAGCAAACACCGAUGCUCUUACAGAGUCCACCUUCAGCCCCCACUCGCCCACGGCCUCGAGCUUUGCGGGAGCGGCCCAAGGCCUAGCUCCCAGACCGCCUUCUUACCAGCGCCCAGUUUUUGUAGCUCAUGCUGCCCCAGAUGUGGGCGCGGGCAUGGGUGCGGGCAUGGGCAAUGUUGGCGCCAAUGUAAAUGUUGGUGUUGCUGUUUCUAAUAUUCCACAAGAACCUAUCUCGCACAUGCCUGAAGAAACGUCUCGCGGACCCCAUCGACGGUCCUCGGAGCAAUUCCAGGAUUCACUCUCUGAGUCAACUCGUCAGGCUCCUCAAGCUCUUCCCAAUACGCUAAAGGUUCCUCGAGGUCCACCUGUAAGCUAUCAUCAACCGUAUGAAACUUCAGAACCACCUUACACCAGGCUCAACUCCAACCCAAACAACGUCUCGCCGACUUCUUUUCAAUCGCUAUCUUUGCCACCCGGCCGGCUUGCCGUGGACGACGGCAUGGAGCCCGGAGGAUACUAUACAACUCGUCGCGAAGACUAUCCAGACUUUCCAAGAAGUCAGAUACAUGAUGUCACUGGCGGCAAAGGCGUCGUUGCGCCACCCAUGAUGCCGCAAGAUAUUGCUGCUGGAGGAACCCGAAGGCCAUCCGUCACUCUGCCAUCAGAGCGCCGCAAGAAGUUUGCAAACGACCGUUCGCCCCUCCAACGGCUUGAGCUGACGCUCGAUAGCAUGACCAAGGAGGAAAAGAGGGCUAGAGUCCAGGCCGCCGAGCAGCGAGCUAGAGAACGUGCCGCAAAACGAGCUGCUGAAGCUUCCACAGCUCAGUCGGGUGAAUCACAAGGUCGCCGAAUACCCAUUGAACCGCCAAGCUAUCACCCAGAAGCCAUUGUACCAACUGUUCCGGUAGACGAGCCUCAAAUGAAUCUCGCUGAAACUGGAAACCGAGGGCAUCCAUACCUGCAACACCAACCCGUACAACAUCAACAUCCAAUUCCUAGUCGCUAUCGUGCCGAAGCCGUAGAUCAUGGUCAUGUCGCUGGUCCGCCACCGCCACUCCAAGUGCCGGAGCAACGAGAGGAGCAUGGAGAGUCAAGGUCUGGGCUACCAAGACGAAACUUAAGUUUCAGAGAACGCGCAGCGAGGAAUGAGAAAGAACACAUUGUUAAGCAAGCAAGCCCGGUAGGCCAACCAACGGCCUUCUUCAGCGGUGGUCCUAGUGGUGGAACGAAUAUUGCACGGAAUGGAAGCAACAAGUUACGUAAGGAACCUCCCACAGAUCAAUGGACCUCAUCAAAGCCAAAUAUGGAGAGGAAAAUGCCUGGUUCUGCUAUCCCUGAGCCAAUAUCAGCUACUCGAGCCCAUGGAGCCGCCGGUAGGCUCCCCCGUGCGAUUAGAGACAAAGAACUGCCUCCCGUCCCGACAGCACAAGAACUUGCCCAAGGAAUACAACGUCGAGCAACUGAACCUAUUUAUAGAAAGGAGCUCAGACCCGAUGAAGAGUAUAUUCCUCCUCCAACUAGUAGUAACGCCAAUACCAGUUCAAUUCAAAGCCCAGGCACCGAGCAGCAAGACCUAGCCGUCGUCGGAAGACGCCCUGAACGCCAGGAAAGCAUCCAUUCCGUUGAGGAUCUCCCUCAGCAUCGAGUUUCAAACAUGAUAUUUGAAGACCCGGAAAACUUGCGUCCCGGUGAAGGGUUGUAUCAGCCGCCAGUUUGGCUGAAUGAAUUUCAGAAUGCAACUGUUGGGUUUCUUGGUGGGACCCUAUUGGACCUCACAGAAAAUCAUCAAGCAAUCAGUGACAAGAAUAAGGCUUGGUGGGAGACCACCGGGGGACGAAAAAAUAGUACUUACUCAUCCAGGCCACGGAAAGCUGAAGCUUUCGAUGGCGAGUAUGAUGACACAAACGCUCCAACACGGUUCAAGCCACCCUUGUAUCUUAAAUGCGGUCCACUCUUGAGAUACUGUGGAAUUCGUCAGGAGAAGGUACCCACGCGAUCUCAAAAUAGUGCCCUGUCAAAUCGUGAGAUAUGGAGAGGGAGCGUCAUGAUUGUAACGCACGAUUUAGAAUCGUCCUACGAUAUUGCACCUAUGCUUCGCCUCUUUGUACAGGACAUUCAGCUUCUACCUCCUCCACCACUUCAAGUGAAUGGGGAUUUACCACCUGAAUACGUCGAUCCGAUUGCAGGACAUCCCAAGCUUGGUCGUCGAGGAGAAACUAUCUAUGUACGCCCGGUGGAGCAUCUGGAAGAAGCCAGAGACCUGUCUCGUACUGAAACAGAUGAAGGCCUGUACGAAAAGUCACGGAGUCCGCCAGAUAUCUCCCCUCCAAAUGGUACAACCGAGCUGCCUCAAUCCUUCGCCGGCCGCCAGAAGCGCAUUCUGACUGACGGCGAGAAGCUGCAAAAGUACAAGGAUGUGAGAGGAUUUCGUCUUCAUGCAGAGAGAGGCUGCACCUUCUGGAGGUUCAACAUCGAAGUUGAAUUGCGUGAGAAGCAACAACGCAUCGCUUAUCGUAUCAACCGAGGUCCUUCUAUGGCAUUCUGGGUUCCUCCUCGAGGACAGGCUAUGAAUAUCAUGUUCCAUAGCUGCAAUGGAUUCAGUGCCAGCGCCAACCCCGACGAUCUGAGUGGCCCUGAUCCCAUGUGGCGUGAUGUUCUGAACACACACCAGUCGCAGCCAUUCCAUGUAAUGAUUGGAGGUGGUGACCAAAUUUACAAUGACUCCGUUGCUCAUGAAUGUAGCCUGUUUGAUGAAUGGCUUGGUAUCCGACAUCCCCAGCACAAACAUGCGGCUGCAUUUACUGCCAGCAUGCAGGAUGAGAUGGAAGAGUUCUAUCUACAGCGCUAUUGCAUGUGGUUCUCUCAAGGGCUUUUCAGCUUGGCAGCAUCGCAGAUUCCCAUGGUCAACAUGUAUGAUGACCACGAUAUCUUCGACGGAUAUGGUUCUUAUCCUCACCACGACAUGAAGUCACCGGUAUUUGCCGGGUUGGGAGCAGUUGCUUUCAAGUACUAUAUUCUCUUCCAACACCAAAGCGUUUUGACUGAGACAGAAAACACAGAGCCCAGCUGGAUUCUUGGUCAAGAACCAGGACCAUACAUUAAGGAGCUGAGUCGUAGUGUUUAUGUGUCCAUGGGAGGCAAAGUUGCCUUGCUUGCGGUGGACUGUCGCACCGAGAGAACGGAGCACGAUGUGAUUAAUAACCAGACAUGGGAGACGAUCAUCAAUAGAAUGUAUGCUGAGGUACGGCGUGGCCACGUCGAGCAUUUACUAGUGUUGUUGGGUGUCCCAAUCGCAUAUCCCAGGCUGGUCUGGCUAGAGAAUAUUUUGACAUCCCGGUUGAUGGAUCCCGUUAAGGCUCUCGGCCGAACUGGCAUGUUUGGCAAAGCCCUCAAUAAUAUCGAUGGUGGUGUAGAAGUCUUGGACGACUUGAAUGACCAUUGGACUGCAAAGAACCACAAACACGAGAGAAGCAUAAUUAUGGAGGAUCUGCAGGAUUUGGCGAUUGACAAAUCAUUGCGAAUCACGAUCCUGAGCGGUGACGUGCACUUGGCUGCGAUUGGUCAGUUCUAUUCAAACCCUAAGCUUGGCCUGCCAAAGCACAAGGACCCAAGAUACAUGAUCAACGUUGUAUCUUCAGCUAUCGCAAAUACCCCGCCGUCGGAUAUACUGGCAGAUGUACUCAACAAGCGAAACAAGGUGCAUCAUUUCGACAAGCAAACUGAUGAGAGCAUGGUCCCUCUAUUCCAUCAUGGGGUGGACGGAAAACCCCGAAAUAAUAAACACCUCCUGCCACACAGAAACUGGUGUUCUAUUCGUUCCUGGUCACCUGGCAGAACGCCGCCCCCAACACCACCUUUGUCGACUUAUGAUAGGAGUCCGAGCCCACCGUCGGUGGUGAAUAGCAAUGGCGGCGGGGCCGGAGGCUUGUUUCGACGACUCUCUCUUGGGGGUGGAACACGGUCAACAUCAAAUCGCUUCGACGGAUCACGUACUUCGGUUCGAGGCGAUAGACCUCCAGUGUCAGGAGGCGUGGGUGGCUUAUUCCGCAGUUUGUCGCGGAGAAACUCGUCUGAUGGUCCUCGGCCGGCGAAGCUGACCCGUACAAUGUCACUCGGAAGUGGUGAGGGCAAGAAGAAGGGGUUCUUCGGCCUCGGUCGACGUGGAAACAAGAGCAGGCCUGAUGAUGGAGGUAUCAAUGGACAAUGGGGUGUCGAGAGCGACGAUGAGGACGGCUACUUCGUUGACAAUCACCCUUCACAUGCUGUCCGACCAUCAGGGCUACGCGGUGGCGGUACAUAUGAACACUCUGAAUUCUCAGAUGAUGAUGAGAUGCAUUUUACGGCUAGACCACCACCACAUACCCAGACUACUGGGAACCAAUCGGCAGGGCCUACUAGGGGCGAUGAUGAGCCAGACUCUAUGGUGCGCCCAUUCCAUCGCACGCCAACGGGAUUAUCAGUGAAACAGUUGCGCAAAGCUGAGAGGUUUACGGUUGAUCUUGAAGGCGGUCUGGACAUAUGCCUCAAUGUGGAGGUCAAUUCCAAGGACCCAACAGGUAUUACUGUUCCAUAUAGACUGCUGGUACCUCGAUUGCAGUAUGAGUACAAUCCAGCAGAUGAUGAGCUACAACAACCUGCCAAGGAGUCACAACAGCCGACAGGCUUCAAGAGGUUUUUGAGCUUCCGCAAGAAGCCCGAGAAGCCCAAGCUACAACAAGAACACAGGCAUGAUGGCGAGGAGAGCGAAGAUGAGAAUGAGGAUUAUAUGAGCGAUGAAAGCUCAGAUGUCCCACCACGGCGAUGA